AGAAUUGUCAGGAAUUUUCUCGAUCAGCUGUUACAGUUUUAAACCAUUUCUGUAUAAAAGAUUGAAGAAGUUAUCAACACAGUCCUAUCUCAAUAGGCAUAGCAGAAUUUUAAGUCAAACAAAAAAUCUAUAAGAUGUCAUGAUGUUUCCUGGAAACAGCAGAUUUAAUUCCAGUUAUUUCCCUUCUCAAUCUGGGCUGGUACCUCCAGGAUCCAAUAUGGGUCUGAAUAAUAAUCUGUAUUUACAGAGUAACAGUCCAUUUACGUUUGGUUCACCAACUCAGUCUCCUAUAAUAACGUCAUCACAACAACAAUAUAAUACAGCUCGUGGUAUUAAUGUUAAUAGGAUGAUUGCACCAGGUUUAGGAGUGUCAUGGCAACAUACUGUUCCAAAACAGAUGCCUUGGUCAGAACCUUCGACAGUUAUCCAGUUUACUUCUCCACAUACUACAUCUGUAUCGCAGCCAGUUCCCAGGUCAUCACCUGGUGAGCCCAUCACUAAACCCAUCCACCUACGAACAAAACGUCAUCAUCUUAGUUCAACAAAUGAUGGGUGUCCACCCAGAAAACAGUUUAUAUCAGCAGAUAAGAUGGCUGCCAGGUUGCAGAAUUUAUGUAUUGGUAGUGUUGAUAAUCAACAAAAUACUGUAGGUGAUGGCUGGGAUAAAUUCUUAGAUUUAGAAGAGAGAUUAAAAGAUGAAGAAAUAGAAGAAUCUAGUCCUGAGUUGAAUUCAUCAACGAUUAGAAUUAAUGAAGAUUUUAAAGAUUCUAUAUUGAAACGAGAUUCUAUUUUACCUGCAAAAGUUCUCAAUAGAUUACAUAAACCCUCAUUAGAAGUUGUAUUAUGGAAACCACCUGAAGGAGUUGUCAGUGAAAUUAUUAAUAAAGUUAAAAAAGAAGAAACAGAUAAGGGAAAUAAAUCAUUAGAAACUGAUAGUGAUCUAGAUAUGACUAGUAUGCAAGAUGAAUCAUCAAUUAACCAACCAUUAUUGACAGGUCAAGAUAUAACAUCUAAUGGUAAUGACAUGGAAGUAGAUAGUAUAUUUGAUUUAGAUGAUGAUAUGAGUUUAUGAUCUGAUCUUGUUAUAGAACUCAAAGAGUAUAAAAUAUACAUUGAAUGUUCAUGAUCAGUUGACUUCAUAAUUUCAUUUCAAAAAUAGUCC